AAAGGGAUCAAAAUAGGUCAUCCCAAAGCGAUAAAAUGUCCUCAACGGUUUUCUCGUUUUCUAGAUAACUUUGAUCCAGGCCCCCCAGCGCCAAGUCCGAGACCUGUUUAUUUCGGUCCCGGCUUAUCCGGGUAACAGUAGGUUAAAACUUUCCGUUCUGCGUCCACGUAGAAGAAAUCCGUAAACAUGUGUUCCUAAUCACAUCAUUUGUACCUCUUUUUGGGGAGAAAAAUGCAAAUGAGGACAGCGAAAUAAUUACAAAUUCUUCAUCGCAAAAUUUCAACCCAACAGUUCAAAGAGAGACGUUUAUAAAUUAAGUUCUAAAGAGCUCGAGAGCCUGGAGGUCAAGCAUAGCAAAGCAAUUGGCGUUUGUCAUUGACAUCCGAUGGCAUCUGUGAGUACGAAGCAGUCUUCAGCAAAAGACCUCGCCGGUGAUCGUGAUGAUACAGUUGUCGACAUGGGCAAGAGUUCUGGACAAGUGCGGCCGGCGGCCUCUGAUCCUCCUCCAAGCGUCGUCGGCAGCGACUCGGACGACCCGCUCACGAUGGUGGUCGUUCUGGUGGCCUGGGUGCUGAUCGUGGCCACGCUGCCCGUCUCCGUGUGGUUCUGCAUCCACGUGGUGCAGGAGUACGAGCGGGCCGUGGUGUUCCGGCUGGGCCGGCUGCGCUCCGGCGGCGCCCUCGGGCCCGGCUGGUUCUUCCUCAUCCCCUGGGUCGAAAGAUACCGACUAGUGGACCUGCGCGUCGUCUCGUUCGACGUGCCGCCGCAGGAGCUGCUCACCCGGGACUCGGUCACCGUCUCCGUGGACGCCGUCGUCUUCUACCGCGUCUCCAAGCCAGUGAUGGCUGUGGCCAACGUCACCGACUUCUCGCUGUCGACCCGUUUCCUGGCGGCCUCCACGCUGCGGAACACGCUGGGCACGCGCGCGCUGGCCAACAUCCUCAGCGACCGGGAGGCGAUCGCCGCUCACAUGCAGGAGAGCCUGGACACGGCCACCGACCCAUGGGGCGUCAAGGUGGACCGGGUCGAGAUCAAGGACGUGCGUCUGCCCGUGCAGCUGCAGCGCGCCAUGGCCGCCGAGGCCGAGGCGGCCCGCGAGGCGCGCGCUAAGGUGAUCGCCGCAGAGGGCGAGCUGACCGCGUCCCGAGCCCUGAAGGAGGCUGCCGAGGUGAUGUCCGAUAGCCCCAGUGCGCUUCAGCUACGCUACCUGCAGACGCUAAACGCCAUCGCCGCUGAAAAGAACUCUACAAUAAUUUUCCCGCUACCCAUCGACAUUGUCCAACAUUUUGUCAAGAGGUGAAUCACGAAUGCGUGCCUUGUCACCUUUGAAGAGUUGCAAACAUAAUCUCCAAACGAUGAAAAGACGGGAAGUUGAUAGAAAUUUGAGGAAAGGUCGACAAAGGAUAGAAUUCGAUUGUGCGGCAAGAGCGACAAGGAUGACGGAAUGAAAGCCUGAAGUAGGGAACUAGUGAGCGAAGCUAUAACAGACCUAGAUGACCUGAUAUACGGUAUGAGGCCUAUGAGAGCGAUGAUGCUGAAAAGUGAAAGGCACUAGUUCAGUUUGCGUUAAGUUUGUUCAGUUUGUUUGCGUCUUGUUAAGUUGUUUUUAACAUUCAAUCACUCACAUUGAAAUAUACAUUUAACGCGGA